UUCUCCCUUUUCUUCCUCAACCCUUAACCCUACGCUACCUACCGGCCGAUCUCCGUUUCGCCAUGAGGCAAGGCAAAGCCGUGAGCGCGGCGUCGAGCAGGGACGACACGAGGGUUCCUCGUAAGAGAAAGGGCUCUGAUGUUGACGGUGGAAAGAAGGCGAAGCGAGGGAAGGCCCUGAAGGACCCCAACAAGCCCAAGAGGCCUCCCAGCGCCUUCUUCGUCUUUCUGGGAGAGUUUAGGAAGGAGUUCCAGCAGCAGAACCCUGACAACAAGAAAGUCGCUGCUGUAAGCACAGCUUGCGGUGAUAAGUGGAGGUCAAUGUCUGAAUCUGAAAAGGCUCCAUAUGUAGAGAUGGCUGCCAAGAGAAAGGAAGAAUACCAGAAACAAAUUGUCGCUUAUAAUGAAAAACAGUCUGAGGGAUACAGUGGAGAAACUUCUGAUAAAUCUAAAUCAGAGGUAGACUAUGAGGAUGGACAGGAAGAAGACCAAGAGUAAUUUGAGCAAGUUGAAUUUCCGAAGCAUGGAGUUUUUCGUUCUUUGUUCUUAAGUUCUUUAAAAUGUAGUCCUGAAAGUACAAGCUUUGGUCUUUGUUGCCGUUUCUCUCUUGUUAAAGGAUAUAUACUUGCUGGCUUUUACACUUGUUCCAUAUAAUUGUUUCUGGUUUGUUUAUCAAAGUAUUUUCUUGACGAUUCUUUGGUUCA